AUGAGACUCCUCCCAACAUUAUCAGCGCUUGUCGGCACCUGCGCAGCGACGUCGCUUCACCUCAGCAUCUCACCCUCAUCCUCGCUCCUAGACCUUAGCGAACUGCCCUCGUCUACCCACGCAACUCUCUACGGACCCUCUGGCAAAAGAGCUACUGCACCACUCCGCGUCGAUAAUUCAUUCGUCUUCAACAACCUAGAAGAGGGAGAAUGGCUCUUGGAUGUGCACUCUAGAGAUCAUGUCUUUCCUAGCUUGAGGGUUGAUGUCGUGGAUUCUGUUUCGAUACUACCGAUCAAGCAAGAGGGCGAUGGUGAAGCUGCACCAGUAGCCGCGGCACCGGAGACAGUGGUUGUAUACCUCACGCAUCCUUCAAAUAAAUGGUCGCAUCUGGGUGCCAAGAUUGCUGCGUCCACUGCUCCUCUGUCAUCAACGGACGAAGUCAAGCUCUCUGUCUCGGCACUGGGAAAGAGGUCGUUCUAUGAACAAAGACAAGGAUUUGAUUUGUUGUCGUUCUUCAAGAACCCAAUGAUUCUUAUGGGUGUCUUGUCCAUGGGUUUGGUGUUCGGAAUGCCCUACUUGAUGGAAAACAUGGACGAAGAGACAAAGGCCGAGUUCGCAGAAAUGCAAAAGCAGGGUCCCCUGGGUCUGGGAGGUGCAGGAGGACAAGGUCAGAACACGGCACAGCAAAUCCAAAACUUCGAUCUUGCGGGUUGGAUGGCAGGAAAAAAAUAA